AUGAUAAGUUUAUUAGGAAACAUUUUUUCCAUAUUAGCAAUGACAGAAUUUGUUCUAGGAAACUUUGCCAAUGUCUUCAUAGCCCUGGUGAACUGCAUUGACUGGGCCAAGAAACAAAAGAUCUCCUGCACAGAUGGAAUUCUCACUGCCCUGGCGGUCUCCAGGAUUGCUUUGCUCUGGGUAAUAUCAUUAAAUUGGUAUGCAACUUUUAUUAAUCCAGAUUUCUAUGGUGCAGAAGUAAGAACUACUGUUUAUAUUGCCUGGGUAGUAAGCAACCAUUUUAGCCUCUGGUUUGCUACUGGCCUUAGCAUACUCUAUUUGCUUAAGAUAGCCAAUUUCUCCAGCCUUUUUUUUCAUCACUUAAAAUGGAAAGCUGUAAGAGUGGUUCUCACGGUACUCUUGGGCACCUCGGUCUUCUUGGUUUUUCAUCUUGCAGUGGUGAGCUUAGAGGUAAAAGUGCAGACGAAUGCAUAUGAAGGAAACCUCACUUGGAAGACCAAAUUGAGGGACAUUGUACACCUUUCAAACAAGACCAUAUUCACUUUUGCAAACUUCAUACCCUUUACCAUGUCCCUGACAGCUUUACUGCUGUUACUCUUUUCCCUGUGGAGACAUCUCAAGAAGAUGCAGCUCAGUGGCAAAGGAUCCCGAGAUGCUAGCACCAAGGUCCACGUAAGAGCCAUGCAAACUAUGACCUCCUUUCUCUUGCUAUUUGUCAUUUACUUCCUGGUUCAAAUUAUCUCAGUUUGGAGUUUUUAUACUGUGGAAAUCAAUUCAGAUGGCAUGGUUUUUGAGACUCUUGGAUUCCUGUAUCCUUCAAGUCACUCUUUUAUCCUGAUUUGGGGUAAUAAGAAGCUAAGACAGGCCAUUCUGUCAUUACUGUGGCAAUUGAGGUGCUGUCUGAAAGAAAGUGGGGGACCAUGUGUCAUCUGGCAGAAAACGAUGAGUCUUGGUAAACUUUGA